GAAAAUAUUCAGAAUAUAAAAAAUUUAUUACAAAUGUAUAUUAAACAGCACACGAAAAAAUGCGCAAAAUUUAAAUCUAAGAAUAUUAUUUGACAAUGUUUUAAAUGGAAUAUACUUAGGACUGAAAUAAAUUAAUUAUAAUUAACAAAUUUUAAAAAACAAAGACUUUUCGAUUCGAGUUUUUUGUGCGAAAAAUUAUCUGUUUUAGUUUUUUUAAGGGACGUUUUAAUUUUGUAGACUUUUUUUUAAAUUUGUGAAUAAAAUAUUACUUCAUAUUUGAUAUUCUCGUGAACGAGAGUGGAACUGCUUAGUUAGUGCAGUGGCCGUGGCGUCGCAUCCAGGGGCUGGGGGGGGCUUACAAGCCCCCGCUAAUGAGCCCCAAAAUACUACCUCAGCUUCAGCAAAUAACGCCUCAUCAACUGGUACUGCAAAUAAUUCAAAUUCGGGGGGCUGUUGGCUCACAGCCCUGGCGUGCGCUAUGGGGUGUUUUGGUUCCGCCCAACACGGUGGAACCGCUGAAGGUAAAGGCAGUGGUGGUUCUGAUGAUAGUAAAUCACAAAAACGAAGAUCUGAUGCCAUUACUCGUCAAUUGCAAAAAGAUAAACAGUUAUAUCGAGCAACACAUAGAUUAUUAUUAUUAGGGGCUGGUGAAUCUGGUAAAUCAACAAUCGUAAAACAAAUGCGAAUAUUGCACGUAAAUGGAUUCAGCGAAACAGAGAAAAAACAAAAAAUCGAAGAUAUUAAGAAAAAUAUUCGAGAUGCAAUACUUACAAUUACUGGUGCAAUGUCGACGUUAUCACCACCUGUAGCAUUGGAAAAAAGUGAAAAUCAAGUUAGAGUUGAUUAUAUACAAGAUCUUGCGUCCGAUCCUGAUUUUAGUUAUCCUCCAGAAUUUUAUGAACAUACAGAAGCAUUAUGGCAGGAUGCAGGUGUUCGUCAAGCUUUCGAAAGGAGUAACGAAUAUCAAUUAAUAGACUGUGCAAAAUAUUUUCUUGAUCGAGUCCAUGUGGUAAAACAACCAGAUUAUACUCCAAGCGAACAAGAUAUUUUACGGUGUCGUGUUUUAACUUCAGGAAUAUUUGAAACCAGAUUUCAAGUAGAUAAAGUAAAUUUCCACAUGUUUGAUGUGGGUGGACAACGUGACGAAAGACGAAAAUGGAUACAAUGUUUUAAUGAUGUUACAGCAAUCAUAUUUGUAACGGCGUGUAGUAGUUACAAUAUGGUAUUAAGAGAGGAUCCAACUCAAAAUAGGCUACGAGAGAGUCUCGAUUUAUUUAAAUCAAUAUGGAACAAUCGUUGGCUGAAAACAAUAAGUGUAAUUUUAUUCUUAAACAAACAAGACUUAUUAGCUGAGAAAAUCAUUGCUGGUAAAAGUAAAUUAGAAGAUUAUUUUGGUGAAUUUGCAAGGUAUGUGACACCUCCAGAUGCAGCAAUGGGUGGUGGUGGUAUCAUAGAUACAACUGGUUGUCCAGGUAGUGAUAAUCCAGCAGUAAUUCGUGCCAAGUACUUCAUACGGGACGAAUUUUUACGUAUAAGCACUGCAAGCGGCGAAGGCAAACAUUAUUGUUAUCCUCAUUUUACAUGCGCCGUUGAUACUGAAAAUAUCAAACGUGUAUUUAAUGAUUGUAGAGAUAUCAUUCAAAGAAUGCAUUUACGUCAAUAUGAAUUGCUGUAACCGAACCUGAAAAUAAUUUUUGAUAAUUUUUUGUUAGAUUUCAAUAACAUCCAAUAUCAUCCAUUAUUAAAUUUGGUUUUUUUCAUCAUAUAUUUAAUAAAAAAAGUCGCCGUCUACGUGUCGUCGCCAGUAAUUUGUAUUUUUUUUAUUGUUGUGAUUUAAAUGAAAAUC